AGUUCGGAUCGAAAAGGACACUGGGCCCGCGCCUUGCGUUUCAAGUGGUACCAACAACAAAAAGGCCUCAGCCUUACAGCCAAUGCUAGAAAGUAAUACAACAAACAACCCAAUAAAUAAAAAAUACAAAACGAACUGAACCAAACUACACAGGUCAGCGGUUGAAUAAUGAGAAAUAAUCAAAGGCAAGGCGCAAUGCUCAAAUGAACAACAGCCGUCGCAAGAGUCCAAAUCCUUCAAGCUAAGCAAUAAAUAAAAAAAACAAACGUAGUAAAUGAACAAACGAAUAAGAGCAACUAAAAUCCAAAUCAAAAUCAAAACAAGACAUACAUAAUAUGUAAAUUGGUGUGCAAUAAACAAACAGAAAACAAAAAGGGUUGCCGCUGCAAACAACAACAAUAACAACCAAUACAACAACAGCAACAAACAGCAAAGCAACAACAACAACAACCAGUAUAACUAUAAACAACAACAGAGUUACAGCAACAAAGAACAAGAACAACAACCAACAGCUCUGCUAGUAGAUACAAAUACUUAAUGUAAUAUUUAACAUUUUUAUUGUCGAGGCACCCAAAGCAAAGUUGCAUAUUUUGCAUAGUAGACUCUUAGGCGCCGCACACAAAACCAAAACCAAAACCAAUACCAAUACCAAAAACACAACAACAACAGCAUCAACAUCAAGUGCAACAUCUGCAAGCAGAGCAAUCUGCAUACAAAGCAACAACAUCCAUCCGAAUCCGCAAACAAGAACAUCCGCAAUCCAAGCAAUUCAGACAACCACCAUCGCCUCCUCCACCACCACCACGAACCACAUGAGCCUGAACAAGAUCAAGAAGCGGGACGCGAGCGACUUAUGACUGAUGCGCUCCAAGGGCAACGUCGGCGUCGUCAACGUCGGCGUCGCCGUUGGCAGUGGCAGCCGGUACAAGGUAACGGCCCGCUGUGUCCCGGAGGUGAGCAUCACCUCGCCAACGAGCGCUGGAUUAGCCGGAUCCGCCGGUCAUCAGCCGGCCAUCCAGCCGAAGCACUUUGCCCUGCUGCGCAGUCGCUCGCAACCGUCGCCGCCGACGUCUAACAGCCUUUUCUCCACGCCUCCAGGCGGCGCCACUCUGGUCGAGGAGGAGGAUUUCAGCUUGGCCAGCGGCAGUGGUUCGGCAGGGGCCAAGAACGUGCUCCAGCGCCAGCUGGCCACCACCGUCCAGCAGGAGGAUCCGGAACUGGACCACAUUGCGCAGGAUCCGCACAGCAAGUUGCCCGAGGCCGGUGAGCCGCCGAAUGAGCUGACUCCCUUGGUGGAGGAACCCGGCUUCGUUGCGCCCGCCACCUCAACCACUCGUUAUAGCCACAACUCGAAGACCACCCGCUCCUGGCCAGUGAUCUACCGCAAUCCGCAUCACUGCGAUUACGAGGCGCUCUACGUCCAACAGCAGCAGCAGCAGCAGAGCUUCAAGCAAAACUGCUACUCCAACCAGUUCAAGCAGUCGAUCGUCUACUCCAGCAGCAAUGAGGAGCUGCCCGGCGCAGAGCAGCAGCCGGUAGCAGCCUCGAGCUCCGACAACCGCCAGACCACUUGCUACUACUUCGCCCCCAGCCGGCACAACAGCAUUUAUGAGCACCCCUCCUCGGUGGUCGGGGGAUCCCUGCAGUUCGAUAAUCCAACCACCACCCAAGCAGCGGCAGCGGCGGCCGUCGAGAGCCUGAGGCGGAGCAACAGCAUCCUGUUGCGCCAGAAUAGCUGCGCCAAAGUCAUCCAGCGGCGCGGCAGUGGUAGUGGAUCGCCCACCUCGUUGGGCUCGCAGAUGGAGGGACUGGGCAUGGGCAUGGGCGGCGGAGGAGCGGGCAGCGCCUGCUGUUCCACCUGCUGCAUGGGUCCGCCGCCUGUGCUCUUUUUGUUUGUCACCCUGCUGAUGACCACCAGCGCCACGGCGAUGCUGUGUGCAGCCAUCAUGACCGACCACUGGGAGCACGUGACGUGGGACCGCAACAGCCUCGAUCGUUACUCGAAUCGAUCGGGUCUGCACCUGGAAUGGCUCCUGGAUGACCAGGUGGCCAUGCUCAAGCCGGACAAGAGGGCCGAUCAUCGUUUCCGGCGCGACUCUGUGUUCCUGGUGCCCAUGCACGGCGGCAUCUGGACGCUGUGCAUCGACCUGCCCAUGCAGCAACUGCAGGAGCUUCGUCGUAAUCCAAAGUUUCCGCGCGGUGCGCCACCGUGUGUCAACUACCUGGCCGGCUCCAUGGAGAAUGCUCGCGGAGAGGAGCAGCGCAACGACUGGCAGCACAGUGAGUCACAGGUCACUCUGCAGCCGCAUCUGAGAAUGCAAAAUCUCUCCAUAUCCUGCUCAUUGGUCUGCCUGAUUAUCCUGGGCAGCGCUGCUCUAGUUGGAGCCUUCGGCGUCUGUCAACGCCAAAUUAGCGCCAUACUCAUCACGGGUGUGAUGUAUCUACUGGCAGCUCUGUUUGCUCUAUUCACACUGAUGAUCAUCCACUUUAAGCGGCAGCAAGGACGUCCCAUGCUGGACAGUGACUACGAUGGAACCGUUGAUGGAAUUGUGGCGCGACCGGGUGGUGUGGCCAUCAUGGCCAAGCCCCUUCUGGGUGCGCGCAUCUUCCUUACCUCUUGGAGCCUUGACCUCGGCUGGGGUGGAGUGGUGCUGUGCGCCAUUACAUCCGUACUGUGGAUCCUGCUAUCAAAGAUCAUGCGCUACAACCCAUUCUCGGCGCUCAUGAUUUAGCUAAACGCCUUGCCGCUCGGCGUAUACGGAACCAGCUACGGCAGCCUGGGCAGCUGCGAAAGCUACGGCAGCUAUGGGAGCACCCAUACCCACAGCGGCACUAGUAGCGGCGGCAGCUCCAGC